AUGGACAUGGGAAGGAAAGCUGAAAAACCGGGAGAUUACGGAAGGAGAAGGGGCGGGGCGGGCUGGCUGCGCAGAGGGAGGGAGGGAGGCUGGCUCUCCGCUCAGGAAAGGAAGGCGUCCGUAGUGGUGCGUCGCAGUGACGUCACCGCCGCCCCGUGGCGCCGGAAAGGGGCGGAGCCUGACUUGCAGAGCCUGCAGAUGCUUGAGGGUCGCCGGUGUCUGGGUCUCGGAUCGGCGAGCGGUGGGUCCGGUCGGAAGGAGUGGACCAAGGCAGAGGAGCCCUCCGGUGGGCGUGGCGAGGGUCUAUCCCAGGUGAAUGAGGCAUCUAGAUACCGUGCCAUCCUUGCAGAUUUCCUGCCUCUCAAGUGCGAUGCCUGCUCUGGCAUAUUCUGCGCAGACCAUGUGGCCUACGACCAGCAUCACUGUGACUCUGCCUACAAAAAGGAUGUACAGGUGCCUGUAUGCCCUCUGUGCAAUGUACCAGUGCCUGUGGCAAGAGGGGAGUCGCCCGACCGUGCCGUGGGGGAGCAUAUCGACAGGGACUGUCGAUCUGACCCAGCACAACGCAAACGCAAGAUCUUCACCAAUAAGUGCACUCGCCCUGGCUGCCGGCAGCGGGAAAUGAUGGAGCUGACUUGUGAACGAUGCGGCCGAAACUUCUGUCUCAAGCACAGGCACCCACUGGACCACGAGUGCCCUGGGAAGAGACUGCCUUCAAGCCAGACUGGACUUGCUGCUAUCUCCAGAGCCCAGGGCUUAGGUUCUAGCCCAGCCCCAGUCCCUGGCCCAGGGUUGGCUAGAACCUCACCCCCUUCUCAAAGCAGAGUUGCUGAGUCACCAACUCAUGCCUUGCAGAAUGGCCUGAGUGAAGAUGAAGCCCUCCAGCAAGCACUGAUCCUGUCUCUGACUGAGGCAAAGCCUAUUGCUCCUAGUACUCAAGAGGAAGAAGACUUAGCUCUGGCCCAGGCAUUGUCAGCCAGUGAGGAGGAAUACCGAAAACAGCAGGCCCAGAGCCAGAGCCGAAGCCUGAAACCCUCCAACUGCAGCAUUUGCUAGGGCCCUGGGAGUGGGGAGGGUGGCUCGGCUUAGAGGGGCUGUGGCCCUCACACUUCCAGGGUCCCCUGGAAGAGGCUAGAAGCUCCAAACAAGAAUGACAGUGGGAAUCCAGAGCUGGAAUGAAGGAAGAACACACCAGGAGUGCCUGGAACCUCUACUCGGUUUACCCUUGUCUGAAGGGGUCGGUGGAAUGUGGCUUGGAGGGAACCGGCCAUCCUCUCGACCCUUUUCUUCUGGGCCCUCCAUGGAGGGGUUCUCCCUGGAGCUGUCGCCUCUGCCCUCGAGUUGGUGGGCAGGCAGACGAGACUUGGAAAGGAAUAAAGCAUCUUACCAACCA